GCAUGUUAAGUGGGUCAAAUUACAGUUUAAUGUGGCGGCGGAAGAAUAAAGAAUAAUAAAACCUUACAAAUACAAUAGGUCCUUAUGUCCCAUUGCAUAAGGAAUGGGCCAUGCGGGCCCUAAUUAUCAAUAUCAACUGAUAUGAAACACUUAGUGAUACAGUUUUAAGAUAAAUGAUAGACUGCAUAUUAUACUAACUCAUAAGUUAAAAGGCAAAGCUAAGAUGUGGAUGUUUUGUUUAUUUACAAAGUUUAUUUCGCUAUCUUGGAUUGGUUUUAGAAUCUCUCAUAUGCAAAAUGGUACCCCUGCAUCACUUACUGUAAUUCUUUUGUUAUUGGUGGCGCUAAGCCUUCUGGGUAAUCUUGUAUAUAAGCAUUUAGCAACACAAAGUCAUCCUCACUCCCUAGUAUACUUGUAUUUGGAUAUUUAUUCAUCCAGGGUAAGGAAGUGAAGAAGUCUUAUUCGCAAUGGUGACCAGCAAAGAGGCAGCAUGUAAAUGUUAGAGAUGUUGAAGUGUGAUGACAACCUCUCAUCAUACCUCAUUUACCAACAAAAAAUAGUAGUUUAAAUUGCUGUCAACAGUUCACAAAUGCUGGUAACGUGCGGGAGUAAAUGUGGAACAAAAAUGAAUAUUUAAGAUGGACAAACACUUUUCAGGCAUAAAACACACAGAGAAUGUCUGCAGUCGACACAGCACACUAAAAAAGCCUGUUGUUUUUUUUCCUCUAGUCACAGAAUACUCUUAGUUCCAACUUUGAAAUGCAUGGUGUGCUCGCUCGGCCCGUCUGUCAAAUUUCAAAAGCCAAUGUGGCCCCUGAGCCAAAAGGUUUGCCUUAAGUUGAUCUACUGAUUUAAGCUUUGAUUAAGGAAAUAAAUCAAAUAUAUAUUUAACAUUGUUAUGACUGAGACCCUUCCAGGCCCUUGGGAAUAAACUUGAGGGGAGAUCUAAAGGAGAAAAAAACGUUUAUAUUGUAUUUGUUUUAGAAAUAAAACAUGUCGAAAUGGCCCCCACAUUUUCAGUGGAAAAAGUUUGGACACCCCUGACCAAUGAUCAUUUCCAUUUAUGCAAUUGCUUUUUAUUCCAGUUCAUUCCUCACAGAUUGACCAACAAACCUUCUGCAUGCAGUACUUUAUUCCCGCCAGCAGGGGACGCCUGUUAUCAGGAUUAUAUUUUUACAGGGGAAAAAGUAAAAUAAAAGAGCAAAUGAGAAAAAGCUCAAAUGUUGUAGCUAAUAUUUAAUAGUAACAUACUUAGUGCCCAAUAAUGUAAAGCUGGCAGAAAGUUUAGUCUUUUAAUAUAAAUAAUAUCAGUUUUUGCAUUGCUUUUUAUUCCAGUUCAUUCCUCUGCAUGCAGUACUUUAUUCCCACCAGCAGGGGGUGCCUGACCAACCCUUCCAUUUCACCUGCUGGCCCCUCCCACCUGAUCGACCUGCCUCAGCCUGAAGACACGCCCUCCGUGCUGAGGCCGGCCGCUCCCAGGCCUGCAAACAACAUGUCGUGCACCCAGGAAGACUCCGACUAGUGACGUCUGCUGCUCGGUGAGGAGAAGAAGAAGUGGAUGGAUGCAACAUGGGCUCAGACGAGGCCUACAAUUUUGUCUUCAAGGUGGUCCUGAUCGGGGAGUCGGGUGUGGGCAAGAGCAACCUGCUGUCCCGCUUCACCAAAAACGAGUUCAACCACGACAGUCGCACCACCAUCGGCGUGGAGUUCAGCACGCGGACGGUCCAGCUCAACACCUUCGCCGUCAAAGCCCAGAUCUGGGACACGGCGGGACUGGAGCGCUAUCGGGCCAUCACCUCAGCCUACUACAGAGGGGCGGUGGGCGCCCUGCUGGUCUAUGACAUCACCAAACAUCUGACCUAUGACAGCGUGGAGCGCUGGCUGAAGGAGCUCUUCGACCACGCCGACCCUCACAUCGUGGUCAUGUUGGUGGGCAACAAGUGUGACCUGGAGUCCGACAGGUCGGUGCCCACGGACCAGGCCAAAGAAUUUGCAGAGAAAAGUGGUCUAUUGUUUCUGGAGACGUCCGCUCUGGCGUCGACUAACGUGGAGGUGGCGUUCAACACCGUCCUAACAGAGAUCCACAAGAAGGUGAACGGCAAGGAAGUGGCGCGAGGUUCCAUCAGCGCCGUGACCCUCAGCCCCACCAUCGUGCCACACCCGGAGGAGAAGAAGCCUUGCUGCAAGAACAUCUGAGCACCCUCAGCGGAGGCGGAGCACAGAGGAAGGAGGGCGGGGCGGGGCGGGGGGUGUGGUCGGACCGCCCCCUGAGCCCGGCGUGCACAUCCAACGACUGAUUAGGACUUGUGGAGGCAGCACAUUGAUGAUUCAUUAUUAUGAAUUCAUACCCUCCUGGCAAUUGAUCCUCUGGGUGAAACAUGCAACCAGGUGUAAUUAUGUCCGUCCACAAAAGAAGAAGUUAGGAUAUUUCAAGAAGAAAUGAUUGGUGUUUUUUGCUCGGUGGCUAAUAGUUGAGGUGCUGUCACUGCUGGGUGGGACGCUUCUUGGCAGCCACAAAUAAAGCUGUUAGCUCACAA